ACCUACAGUACGGUCCAUAGUGUUGAGACAAACAUCUGCAACUCCUCUGCAGUGCUCGGGCCACUACGUCGCCACACCGGCCGGUACUCAGGCACUGCGGCCGAGGGCGGACCGGAUCGUUUGUUUCUGGUCCUGGUCCCGACCGUUCCCCACUAGAUGCACCGGACGCGACUUGUUCUCUACCACGACACUCUGCCCAAUUAGAUACUCUACCACGGCCUUUCCCAAUCAAUUCUCGUCUAGUAUAAAGCACAAUCGGAAGGUACUGGAGUACAAAGCAACGACUAGCCGAGUGCCACCCUCUCCUGAUUCCGUCUCAUUUUACCAGCCUUCCUCGACUUCAGCUUCACAGAACAUACAGAUUUUGAAACUUUGAGAAACUGUAGGUGUAGAGAUGGUCAGUCGAGCGCCUUCGUUCGACGACCUGGGGACAUGGGAGGACCCGAUAUUCUAUUCACGGACAGCCACUAUUGUCCACGUAGACUUUGAGGAUGAGGAACAGGUAUCGCCAGCUCCGGGAUACAUUGACCCGCGGCCACCUCCAUCCGACGUGGUGGACAUCGACAGGAGUCUCGCCGAACUCGAGGCCCGGAUACAUACUCUGCGCAUCCGGAAAUCCCAAAUCCUCGCUAUCCAUGCCCUAGUCGCCCGAAUGCCGCCAGAGAUACUCUCCCGAAUAUUUGAGCUCGGUGUGCACGACUCCAUACACACUCUACCUUCCAUAUCCCUUGUCUCCCACCACUGGCGCAAAGUAGCGCUCGCCACGCCUUCUCUCUGGACCUACAUCCGUCUUGACCACGAUUGGGGCUACGGGCGACAUACGGCCUUUCUACGCAAGAUGCGAGUGUGUUUGGAGAGGGCACAGGCAUGCAAGUUACUGGUGGAUAUCGACUGCAAGUAUUUCGAAGCGCCGUCGGAGUUGACGCAGGUCAUGGAGGUGUUGCAGCCGCAUCUAGAAAGGUGUUUCUCGUUGAGGCUGAGUGUCCCGGACUGGGAGUGGGUGGAGAUUAUCAAGUCAUACUGUUCGGGACUUGGACCUUCACUCGAGGAAAUCCACGUUCGACUGGACCCUGCGGAUUCAGAGGACCAGGCGCCUUUCGUAUUCCUGUCGCAACCGUGUCCGCGGCUGUCGUCGAUAACGCUCGAACACACACCACUCAUCUUCAUUCGAACGCCUCUCCCGACACUUCGGUACUUGCACCUAACGCGCGACACUCGAUUACACUCGUCGACGAAAAUAGGAAUCUCGUUCAAAGAAAUCCUCGCCCUUCUCUCCUCAACACCCUCGCUCACCUCCCUUCGCAUCCAAUCCGCCACAUUCCUCCUCGACGGCUCCGAGUCCAUCUUCCGCUCCGCCUCCAAUCCACUCCUCCUCCCCUCGCUCAAAACCCUCUCCAUACACUUCGUCGACUCUAACAACCUCGCACUCUUCUUCGAAGCCACCAUGUUCCCCUCCCUCGCCAAGUUGUCGAUACAGAUGGACACACCCACGGACGAUACGAUCCACUGGUUGGCGCGGAUGACAGCGGAGACGAGCGUGAAGAGGUUUCCGGAGUUGAAGCACUUGGAUCUGAGGGCUUGUAAUGUGGAUGGGGCGGCGCUCGUACCGUUUGUUAGGGUGUUGCAUAAUCUGCCAACGUUGACGGCGUUGGGGAUUUCGAGUCCUCCGGGUGGCGUGUUGGGGCCACGGAUCUUUGACGUUCUAUGCUCACCGGCAUCUUCGAGUCCGGAGGACGGGAAUUUCAACGCCGGUGCGGGUGGAAGUUCUGGCACGAGUUCGAGCUCGUAUGCGGCGGAGAGCUGGGUGUUGCCGAGGUUGGAGGCGUUAUGUUUGCAGAAUUGUAGGGAUGUGUCGGGGCACGAGAUCCUUAGGGUCGUGUUGGCCAGGAAUGGGGCUGCAUUGAAUCUUAGCGGUGGGAGGAGGGGAGAUGCAGAAGGUGUGAGCUCGAUCAAGUUCGUGAAGGUGUCGCAGUGUUAUGGUUUGGAUCCGGAUGUGCAUGAGUUGUUGGCGAGGGCGGUGGGGACGGUGAGGGUUAUUUGUUGAGUCGGGAGGAGUCUUGUGCUUUGGAGAUAAGAUAGGACGUUGGUGUUGGGUUUGCCUGGAUGGAUGGACUUGGACCUGGAAUCUUCUUGCAUUCGAUCUUCUUUUGUACUAUACUUGCUUAACGUUAGGGUUUUUUUUCUCGGUCACAGUGGACCGUGAUGCAUUGAUA